AUGGUAUCUCCUUCAGUAACGUCAUACCACUCUAUCUACACCAAGGUAGAGCGCAAAAGAUUGAAGUAUGUGAACAAAAUUGGGAUCUUGGUUGCGAUUGCAAUUGGAAUAUCGCUCUCACUUCCUUCCUCAUUGAGCAAGAGUCCUAGCGACAUCAACAAACCCGCUGGAACAGGCUCUGCAAAUAGCGGAAAGAGCUCAGCAGCGACAUCUACGUUCUGGUGGAGCUGUAUACUAGGCACUUUCAUCUACAGAACUCCAAUAAUAUUUCUGGCAAUCUUUCUGGUGAAGUUAGCAAGACAAUUUGACACCACUGUUUUAUUCUCCAAGCACAAGACGUUGGUUAGUCAAACAAUUCACUCUGUGUCAUCCAAGAAAUUCCUUGUGGUUGCGCUUUACUAUAUCUUAUCGUCGGUAUUGAUAUUUUUAUGCUCGUAUAUCCAGAGCCCGAUUGCGGUCUACUUGGUUGCCAAAGAGUACAGGCAAAAGGACUUCCUUAACGAUGAUUUUGUUUACUUUGCCUUCAGUUCCGUGUUUUUGGCUGUAUUGUAUAGUAUACAGCACUUAGCUCUCCAGAGAAACAGACUUAACUUAUUCAAGUAUGGAGUCGCAAAGAUACGGCCAUCCAUCUUGGAAAGCAUCUUGAAACCAAUUCCACGUUUAAUCUUGAUCUCAUUGAUUUCCAGUUUUGCUGUGAGCUUCGUGUUGUGCCCUGCAUUUUAUUACUUGUUCGGCACUGGCAGAUUGAUAUACAGGUUGAACUGGUUGACAUUGGUCAUCGUUGGCUUGGAUACCGAACUGCAUUCCACUGGAUUGGCGAAUAAAUGGCAAACUGCCAAACAGAUCCUGUGGUGCUCGUUUCAUGUGAUUUUGAGUUGGGAGCUAAUCAACCAUUACUUCAACGUGUACUCAUCCAUUGGCUGUCUUGAUGGUAAGAAGUCCAUCAGUAGCUACAGCUCUGACCCAUUGAAUACGUUAAUAUCUGGACUUCGUGACUAUUCUAAUGAGUUGACCAGAUUGACUGCCUUCCAGGAAUUGGCUUACAUCUCUACCACAACCAUGAACGAUGAUGUCAUAAAAUUGAGGCACGCCAUCUACAACGCCAACUCAAAUAAAUUUGGGCCUAUUUGGUCGAUUAUCUUCGAGGAAUGCUCGUUAAUAAUCAGGGAAACUUGUCUGAGGGUUAACUACAGAUCUGUCAGUGACUUGAAUAGGCAACAGCAGCAAACGAAAGAACAAUUGCAGAACUCUGCAAAUGCAGCUGCUGUUCUUGCAGCAAGGUCAAUUCCAAACGUUUCUGCUUCAGAGAAAACCGAUAUCUUUGGAAACUCCACUGCUGAAACUACUGCUCAGAAAAAGAACUCCAUUGGUAUGAAGAGGUAUAGCGAAAGCUCCCCAUCGCCAACUACGGUGCCUGCAGAAGAUAAACCCCAUAAGGAAACACCAAAGAAUGUGUUAUUCACAUAUUUUGUAAUCCUCAGAUCGCAUUACUACACAUUCUAUGCACAAUUGAAUAAGCUAGGAGCCAAAACAGUGCUCCCACCUAUCUUCAAAUCCAUAUACACUUUGUACCAUACUAAGUACAUCCAAUAUAGAGAUGAAAUUAUUUCCACGCCAAUUGGCAUAGUGUUCCGUGUUUCGCUCAAAAGAGACUGUGAAUCUCGUAUAAUAGACCCAAUUACAUUUGGAAACGCAGUGAUCUCUGUCUCACAAUUGCUUAUUCGUGCAAAUGAAGAAGAUAGAAGGGGCGCUAUUCAAAAUCAUGACAUCGCUGAUGUGUUGACUCUCUUGGAAAGACCAAUUAGAGCGAUGAAUAAUUACACCGAACUGUUGCCUCCUAGUAUUGAUCUUUCAGCGCUUCAAAGGAAAUCAUCAGAGUUGACCAAACAGCAUCUCAUUGCUUUACUUCACGACUUGUCUAUUAAAGAGUUCUUCGAUAUUUGUGUCAAGUACAACUCAAAAUUGAAUGAUCUUAUAUUAGCACCAAGAGUUUUCAAGCUCGCGAAGCGUGUCAUUGAUGCUGCCAUUGCCCAGAGGUCGUCCAAAUCAUACACAACAAGCUAUAGGUAA